AUGGCCGGCAAGCAGCCUGUGCAGGGCCAGUGGCAGCCUCAGCAAGAUCCCAACGCGCACCUGUACCCGCCCGACGAGCUCUCCUACGACGCCUACGGCAACCCCGCUCCGCCUCUGCCGCAGGAGAGCAAGCGCGACAAGCGCCGCCGCGAGAUGGUCGACCGCGUCACGAGGCUUCAAGACGACACGGUGGCACGGCGAGACAGGAUCUUCCACGACCUGUCCGAGAUCUACGCCCGCACCGCCGACGAGCUCCUCCCGCCGCCCGUCUUCCCCACCUCGGACCUGUCCAUCCCCGUCGGCCAGCUGCCACCCUCGCUCCCGUUCACCGACCCCGUCAUCCCCGACAUGCACCCAGUCCCGUACCUCUUCUCGCUGCACCGCCUCUCGCUCGAGCGCGCCAACGAGCAGGUCGCGAUCCGCCUGUUCCACCAGCACCAGGUCGCGAGCGCGCGCCGCCUGUACGACGCCGAGGUCGAGCGCAUCGAGGACGAGUACGAGGCGGCGACCAAGGGCGUCGUCGAGAAGCUGUUCGAGGGCGUCGAGGAGCGCCGCAAGAGGUUGCUCGAGGAGAAGGACGGCGAGGGCGUCACGAUCGACACGUUCCUCGAGAGCCAACGCACGCACGGCACGCGUCGCAUGCGUGGCGGCGGGCGCGUCGGCGCCUCGUCUCGCGGCGGCGGCGCAGGCGGCAACGGGCACAACGGCGGGCUCGGCUCGGGGACCAACGGCGCCGCCUCGCCGUCCGAGUCGGUCGCCAACGGGCGAGACGGGCCCGGCGGCGCAGGCGGUGGCGGGUCGGGCGCGGGCGUCAACGGCGGCGGCGCGACGAGCGCGGCGGGCGUCGGCGUCGAUGCGGCCGCGCUCGGGUCGCUCCUCGGCCUGAGCGGCGUCGCCGACCCGUUCCACCUCGCGGCGGCGCUCCUGCCGCCUAGCGGCGGCGUCGCCGGGUCGGGCGCGGCGACGCUCACGGCCCUGAGCGGCAUCGGGCCGACGGCGUCGCUCCUGACGGGCACGGUCGGUAAGCGCAAGCCGGGCGGGCGCACGCAGCCGGGCCUCCCGCCGGCUCACUUCCUCGUCCAGAGCGGGACGUACAGUCAGUUUGGCAAGAGCUUGGCGGGCCUGAGCGCGCUCCGGGGCGAGGAGGUCGAGGGCGACUUGGGCGAGAUGAGGCGCAAGCGGCAGCGGACCGGGGCAGGAGGACGACGGAGGGCAUACGAGUGACCUUGCUCGCCGUCGACAUGCACCCCUUUCCUCUCUCUCCCUCGCACCCUCUCCCUCUCCCUCGCCUCCCACCUGUUGUCCUGCCGUCACUUUCUGCUGUAGAUACCCUUGCGCUAGCCCAUCUCUCUCUCUCUCCCUGCAUCCUCAUGUUGCUCU